GGUUCAGGAGGCAUGUUUAUUUUUCUUUUCUUUUUGAGAACAUGGCUGCUAAAAGAAGUCGUAAAGAAAGCCAAAGCUGCGAAGGUGUCCAGAAAGACCAAGCAGCUGAUAAACUCAGGAGAAGGAAAGAACUAUUUAUUCAGCAGUUUGAGAAGGAAGCACAAGAGCGGAUAAAUGAAAUGGAGGCCAAACUGGACAAAUUAUUGGCGACACUGGAUCGAGCAGUGAAAAUCGAAAUGAUGAAACUUCCCCAGUCUCUUCAUACCACAUUGAUUGAAGAUAUUCUGAGUGCUCAGGAAACUUCAGUUGGGGAAGUUACAAUGGCAAUCGGGUCUGUGUCUCCGGAGAUUAGUAAACCGCUCAGCAGAAAACCCAGCAAAAAAGGUAAGGCAAGUGCCACAACAGCAGCACAAGGAUCCGCUGGUCCUGGAAAGACUGAUGAUCAGAGAAGGCCGAAGAGAAAAAUGCAGCCCAGUAACAGCACUGGGAAUCUGAGAUGCGUCUCAACGGUCAGUUCCAAAAGAACUCGAGGCCGUGUGAUGAAGCUGAGUGACCAAGCGCUUUCGCUAGGUGGUACUAUGAGGUUACAGAGUCGGUCACUUAGUGAUGAUCUCUCAGGACUCGCUACAGCCACUAUCACCACCUCUCUUGGAGAGACUUUGUUUUUGUCAGAAGAGACCAAAGAUGAAGUCAAACUUGAACUUCUGGAUGAGUUGGCUUUGGGCCAGAUGCAAAAGAUUAAGGAGCUGAUGGAAUACCUGUGCAACAAAGUCAAGCUAAAUAAUACUCACUGAUGUCUUGGGUACUGAAGAAUGUCUGGUUUUAAUGUUCAAAUAUUUUUCUAAUAAUAAAUAAGUGUAAAUUGUU